GUCACGUGGCGGUUUGUCUUCACAGAGACUCAGCUCUGAAGAGCCCAGGGAAAUGGGUUGUCCAUCUGUGAAGCAGAGACAGCCCCAAGGUUUCCUGCAGACCCAGUGAUGGCCUGGGCUUCCUGAGGUCUGAUGUCCCAGAACUCCAGUGCUCCGCGGUGGGCAGAGGAGGGCGCUGACCAUGGUCACGCUUAUCACCGAGAAGCUGCAGAACCAGAGUCUGGACGACCUCACCUGCAAGGCCUGUGAGGCUGGCCCGUAUUCUGCCGAGAAACUGAGCAAAAGUGGCCAUUUGUUCCCUUUGGAGGUCAGUGUGGACAGGAGCCCCUGGAAGGCUUUCCACACAGGACGGCCAGUUGGGAGCCAGGUGGCCGUGGGGCCUGUUUGCCCCUUCCUGCCAGGCCCCUGUGGCGGGGCUCACACCGGGGGUCUUCAGUGGCGGCCGGAGUCCCCCGGCCCCUGCGCAGGCCUGGGUGUGGGCAGUGCUCUGGACCUCUCUGAGAACACAGGGCCGCCUGCAGCACCACCGACCAAGCGACACUGCCGGUCCCUGUCCGAGCCAGAGGAGCUGGUGCGCUGCCGGUCCCCAUGGCGCCCCAGCGGCUCUCGGGUCUGGACACCAGUCUCCAAGAGGCGAUGCAACAGCGGUGGGAGUGCCACGCUGCAGCGCUGCGGCCCUGGGAGCUCCGCCCCGCCGCGAAGCCCAGGAGCAGGCCUGCCCAGGAGCCCCGUGUUGCCCACCGACCCCACCUCGCCCCUGGCACCCCGGCCAGCCUCGGCCAGCAGCGGCUUCGUGGACAGCAGCGAAGGCAGCUCCGGUUCAGGCCUGCCAUGGUGUGCGGCAGGGCCCUGCCCCCUCUCCUCAAGGCGCCGCCUGUCCCUCUCGCAGGAGCACCUUGUGGACGUGGGCACCCGCCUCCCUUCGGCCAGCAGCACCCCCACGUCCACGCCUGAGCUGGGCCGGCGCCACGGCCUGCUGCGGUGCCGCUCACAGCCGUGCGUGCUCAGCGGGAGGAGGAGCCGGCGCAAGCGGAGGCGUGAGGAAGAUGCCAGGUGGACGCGCCCGUCUUUGGACUUACUGAAAAUGACACGGGAUCUGGAAGAAAACCUGGAGCAGCCCGGAGCUCCUCACAGUGGGUGCCAGCGCACCUGCCCUGGCAAUGCCCACAGCCAAUGUCUGUGGCGUAGGCGUGAAGAGGAGGAGGGUUCUCUGGAAGAUUCUUCCUGCUUGCUAUGGGGGGCUGAAAGCCCAGACUCACAGGUCGUGACUCCUUCUGCAGAGAGCUGGGGUGAUGGAGCCUGCUGGGCAGCUGGCACGAGCUCUGGACACACCGAGCUGUUGUCCAAGCCAGGGAGGCCCGUGUGCAUGGCCUGUGGGUACCAGGAGGGCAGGAGUGGAGUGGGGCUGCAGUGGGGAGCUGUUGGCUGGUGCCUUCCAGCGCUGGAAGUCGCUCGUGCCGGGCAUGUCGAUGGCCUGGGGACAGUCAUGCUCUGGAGAUACUUCAGACAUUCUGGACCCCUUGGGACAGAGAAGGUGGGCGUGGCCGGGGUGGUGCUGGGUCAGGGUGCUGGCAGAGGUGGGCUCACUGUGGCAUGGGAAUCCCCCACAAGGCAUGGCCAAAGGCAAGGGCUCACUGGCCAGGUGCCCAGGUAUGAGGGUAUGGGGAGGCAAGGUCUGGGAGGGGCAGAGCUGCGGUUGAGCACGUGAACCCUGUGGGGGCUCGGCAGCUCUCAGUGUCCUCUACGUGUGGCUGUGUUUCUCUCUGGGGGAUCUAGGGGGCUGUGUGGGACUGGUGCUGUGACCCCCUGGGGGUAAGUGGGAGCAUUGGGGCCAUGGGUACCUUAGCGUCCAUGUGGUCCCACCUGGAGGCCUAUGGUCUCCACCUCACUCCUGCCCGUCACUGAGCGCCAGGCAGAGGGUCCCCUUGUGACCUCUGACCCACCCCUUUUCCCCCACAGCAGCUUCUGCCUCUGCUCGGGAGCCUCUCUCCCUGAGGCCCUAUCCUCCUUGGCUUGGUGGCCGGGCGUGGGCAGCCUCCAUUCAACCCCCAGCUGUGAAGUUCUGACCCGAAACACAUGCUCGCUGAUCAGUCCUCUGCUCACAAGUGAGCCUGGUCCUGGCACCUGCCUUUCUGUGGGAGCCCCGCAGGAGACCCCACGGAGCUGGUUUCAAGCUUCAGCCUCGCUAGGGUCCCCAGGGCUCCCUGAUGCUGAGUGACCUGCUCUGUCCCUUCACGUGGCUCCUGGUCUUGUCUCAGGGGCCUCUUCAGGUGUCUCCGCCUUUCCCAGCGGGUACUGGAACUGUGGUGAGCCUGCCCUGUGUGGCGGGUGCCCCAGGGCUGCCCUGCUUGCGGGGAGGGUGGGGCAGUGAGGGGCUUUGUGGGCUGUGCUUGGCACAUCUCUCGGGGCUUUUGUGUUGUGGAAGUCUGAUGUUUUAGGGUGACCCUAGCGUCUGUGGCAGUUGAUUAUAAUAAAAUACAGGCGUGGAAACUCUACAUCUGUGCUCGUCCAGUAUGUGUCCCCAAGCCGUGUGUAUGACAGAGUUCAAAUGCACUUUCUCAGCCAGUGCAGACACAGUGGGCAGUGUGGACGGUGGUGGGGGGCGCAGGAGGUCAUUUCUCUACAGUGCAUGAUGGUUGGCUUCUACUCUCCGACCUAUCUAUCGUCUUUCACAAUUACAAUAAAAAAUAGGCACCUCAGAUUAUUAAAAAUACACAAAAAAUGGACAUUUGUGUCCCCACCUCAAGAUGAGUGUAUUGCUGUGUUUUCUUCAAUUACUUUCUUAAUGAAAUGCGGCAGCAGGGCCUCAGGGUCUGUUCC